UACAGAUCCAAACCAAUCCAAGUCAAGGCAUGUCCAGGACAUUUCUACAUCUACAAACUUGUACGGCCAAGUCUAUUAAUGCCAAUGCCUACAUAUACUGCAGUUGCUUUAAACAGUCCCGUCUAUGACCCCUGCACUAACUACACUUCACUGGAUCAGCCCUGGAGAGCCAGUAAUGAAACUCGGUUGGGAAUCUGUGAUGCUGAUUUCAACUGGAACGGCUGGUACCGGCUGUUCUAUUAUGGGAUGGACAUUCGUAUGGCAGAGAGCUGCAUUCCUACAUCCAGAUGUGGGACUGAUUACACUCUGUGGCUCAACGGUCCUCAUCCUCAGAUAGAGGAUGGAGUGGUCACUCGCCAGGCCUGUGGGAAUGGAGGAAGUGACUGCUGCUACUACAAAGCCGCUCUAAUUCAUGUUAAAGCAUGUCCAGGCAAUUACUAUGUGUACGAAUUGUUUAAGCCUUCUGCCUGCAAUAUGACUUACUGUGCAGAUGCCAACACUACGACUCCAACACCUGCCUCACCAACUGAGGACAGUGUACAAUCAGAUACGACCAUAACACCCACUACAAACAACUUCACAUUCGACCCCUGCUACAACUACAGUGUCCUUGAUAACAACUGGAGAAGCACCAAGAGCUACAGCUACAAAGGUCGUGAUGACACUCUUGUUAAAUGGAAUGGCUGGUAUCGGCUGUAUCUUCAGGGAGUGAGCGCUCAGAUGUCUGAGUGGUGUAUGAGCUACAUGACAUGUGGUGGUUACACACCACUUUCGCUCGGUGGUUCUCAUCCACAGCCAGAGGAUGGCAUUGUCACUCGGGAAGUCUACGGAUCCAGUGGCAGCCAGUGCACAGCCUACAGAUCCAAACCAAUCCAAGUAAAAGCCUGUCCAGGAGAUUACUACGUCUAUAAAUUUGUCAAGCCAGACAUUUCCAUCCCGAUGCCUUCUUACUGCGCUGUUACUGUUAACCACCCAAAUUAUGAUCCAUGCAAUAAUUACACUGCUUUGGAUCAACCCUGGAGAGCUAAUAAUGUGAGUGGUUUUGGCAUUGUUGAUGACAUCUUCAAGUGGAAUGGCUGGUACAGGUUACUGUUUUAUGGAAACAACAUCCGUAUGGCAGAGAGCUGUGUCCCAACAUACAGAUGUAGUGGUCGUUACACUCUGUGGCUCAAUGGUCCUCAUCCUCAGAUAGAGGAUGGAGUGGUCACUCGCCAGGUCUGUGGGAAUCAAGAUAGUAACUGCUAUCGUUUGAAAAGUCUCACAAUUCAGGUGAAAGCAUGCCCGGGCAACUUUUAUGUGUACGAGUUUGUCCGCCCAGGUGCCUAUGAUAUGGUUUACUGUUCAGACUCCAGCUCUAUAACACCAGCCUCAGUUCCAGUCACCAAUGAAGACUUCAACAUGAACAUGACCCCUGACCCCUGUAACAACUACACUGUUCUCAAUGACUCAUGGAGAACCACAUACAGAAGCUACGGCUAUGAGAGUUAUGAUGACACUACUGUCAAUUGGAAUGGCUGGUAUCGGCUGUAUCUCCAGGGAAAGAGCGCUCAGCUUUCAGAAGCUUGUUUGGGCUACAUAUCAUGUGGUGGUUACACCCCACUUAUGCUUAACGAGUCUCAUCCACUAAUACAAGACGGCAUAGUAACCAGAGAAGUUUAUGGGGCAUACUACAGCGAAUGCCGCUACUACAAGUCCAACCCAAUCCAAGUCAAAGCGUGUCCAGGACAUUACUAUGUCUACAAACUUGUCAAGCCAAAUGUAUCAAUCCCGAUGCCUACAUACUGUGCAGCUGCUUUUGAUAAACCCACUUAUGACCCCUGCACUAACUACACUUCUCUGGAUCAACCAUGGAGAGCCACUAAUGCAAUUGGACUAAAAAUUUAUGAUGGUCAUUUCACCUGGAACGGCUGGUACCGGAUGUUCAAUUAUGGGAUGGACAUCCGAAUGGCAGAGAGCUGCGUUAAUGUGUCCAAAUGUGGUACUUACUACACUCUGUGGCUCAAUGGUCCUCAUCCUCAGAUAGAGGAUGGAGUGAUUGCUCGUCAGGUCUGCGGGAACUCGGGAUCCAGAUGCUGUUUCUUCCAAUUCUUUGCAAUUCAAGUGAAAGCAUGUCCAAACAACUACUAUGUCUAUGAGAUUUACAAUCCAUACUAUUACUUCGGUAACAGCUACUAUUACUACUACUACUCCAACCGUCACUUAUACUAUAAUUCUGCUAUGGCUUAUUGUACAGAUAGCAGCACCAUAACCCCUACUCUUGCCCCAGUAAUCGCAGAUACUGGAUCCAGAGUGACGAUGCCAAUCACACCGACUAGCAACAAUUUUGAUCCUUGUUACAACUACACUGCUCUUAAUGACUACAGGAGGGGCAUUACCAGUUCCUAUAGUGGUCAUGGUAAUGAUGACACCCUUAUUCAGUGGAAUGGCUGGUAUCGGCUGUAUCUCCAGGGAAAAAGUGCUCAGUUGUCUGAGUGGUGUGUGAGCGACGUUUCGUGUGGUGGUUACACUCCACUUAUACUAGGUGGCACUCAUCCAAAGAUACAAGAUGGCAUUGUUACAAGAGACAUUCAUGUAUUCUCCGACGGAAACUGCAAUUAUUUCUCCAGAUCCAGCCCAAUCCAAGUGAAGGCCUGUCCAGGACAGUACUACGUCUAUAAACUUGUUAAGCCAUAUAUAUCAAUUCCUUUGCCUGGAUAUUGUACAGCGUCCUUCACUUACCCAACUACUGACCCCUGCAAUAACUACAAUGUUUUGAAUGAUAUAUAUCGAGCAACAAGCAGUACAAACGAAAUAUAUCAGUGGUCAUUGUUUAGACGGUGCGACACCGAUAACGUUUGGAAUGGCUGGUACCGGCUUUCCUAUCAGGGCAAUAAUGCUCGUAUGCCAGAAUCAUGUGUUAGUCCAGGGAGAUGUGAAAGUAAUGCCCCUCUUUGGCUCAAUGGUGGUCACCCACGACUGGAAGAUGGAAUAGUCACUCGGCAAGUGUGUGGGAGCACAUACCAAGACUGCUGUUAUUACAAAUCCUAUCCCAUUCAAGUGAAGGCUUGUCCAGGAAAUUAUUACGUAUAUGAGUUUAUCAGACCACUCACCUGUGCAGUGUACUGUAUAGAUGUGGCCAGCAUUACCUCAAUUUCUGCUCCAGGGAUCUUGCAAACAACAACAUCCAUGACUGUGGCCACCACUACAGCUACAAAGAGCACUACCACUGGACUAAAUCCACAUGAGGCUACUACUCUACAACAAAGCUUUACCACAGGUGUUAAUAGCAUUACCCCACCUACCACUCCAGUACAUUCAGAAACAGCAAUCGUAGAGUCCACAGCUGUGUACGCCACUACCACUACAGAGAGCACUACCACUGAUGUGAAUCUACAUGAGGCCACUACUGUACAACAAAGCUUUACUACAGAUGUUUACAGCAUUGCCCCACCUACCACUCCUAAAAACGCAGAAACAACAGCAAUCAUAAAGUCUACAGCCGUGGACACCACUACCACUACAGAGAGCACUACCACAGAGAUCACUACCACAGAGAUCAAUCUACAUGAAGCUUCUACUGUAGAAAGAAUCUUUACCACAGAAACAAGUACAACCAAGAUCAAACGAAUUGGUAAUACCACUUCAGGAUUUAAUGCUACCACAGCCCAUUUGUACACUUGCAUGAAGCUGAACUGCACUGUGGAUGAGUGGUGUGGGGAGAAAGAUGGACUCUAUGGUUGCUUCUGUAAUGAAAGUCAUUCUAGAUCAAGGCCUGAAGUUUACGACUCCAGAGAAACCUGUGAGAGCAGCUCUGGCACCAUGUCUCUGUCCCGCUGUCAGCUCUUUGAAGCUGGUUUCCCUGCACACGUCCUGCACCUGAGUGACCCCAGGUGCAGAGGAACUCUCCAAAACGGCAGACUGGUGUUCCACUUUGAUAAUGAUGACCACAUCUGUGGCACAAACCUCACGGCCAACGGCACACACUUCAUCUACGAGAACUCUAUCCAGGGGGUGGUAGACUCAGCACAUGGCCCCAUCAAUAGACAGAAACAUCUGGAACUGCAAUUCUCCUGUGUUUAUCAGCUCAGACAGACACUCACCAUGGAAACGACACUCUAUGCUUUGCACAGUAUGGUUCACAAAACCCUUCCAAGUGGUCAGGGGAUGUACCGGGUCAGGAUGAUUCCCUAUCAGGAUGCUGCCUUCACCCAUCCUUACAAUGGCAGUGUGAACAUAGUGGUGGAUCAGCGGAUCUAUGUGGAAGUGGCUGUUCAGGGGGUGGACAGCCGCCAGAUCGCCACAGUGAUAGAUUCAUGUUGGGCCAGUCCUGUGAAUGACCAGACUUUCGCUGUCCGCUGGGACCUCAUCAUCAAUGAGUGUCCUAAUCCAGAUGACGGCACAGUUGAAGUUCUUCAGAAUGGUGUCUCCACUACUGGCCAUUUCUCCUUCAAGAUGUUCUCAUUUAAUGGCAACUACUCCAAAGUUUUCCUUCACUGUGCCAUUCACCUUUGCCUUUACCAGGGCAACAACUGUGCAGCACACUGUUUCCCUGGACACCAUCACAGAGUUAGACGAUCUCUGGACAUCCAUGACACUGCCUCCAUCUCUGUUGGGCCUUUUGUCUGGACUGCUGGAAGCAGAGGUGUCUAGAUUCUAGAGGCGAUGAAGCUGUGGCAGAUCCAUCUCCAAAACACAUACAGACAUGUUCAAACACUUUUAUACCCUUUUAUUUUAUCAAAAAGAAUGCCUGAUUAAUCCUGAGACAUUUUCACAUUAAAAGAUCUUCAUCCUUACAUGAAGCUUCAGAUUAUCAAGUUAUCGGCCCUUAGGCACAAAUAUUUGGUGGGCGCCCAACAUUUUUCCUGUAACUUGGGUGGCUGGCGAUCUUAUAUUUGGCUUUUGAAAUGAGCGUCCUCCACUCUUGGGUCUCACUUUUAAAGACUGCCAGUUGAGAAUUGUACAAAUCUCACUCCUACAUACAGACUUCUCUUCAAAAGCUUUGCUAAGGGUCCCAAUAUUUUUGUCCAUACCUGGAGAAGUAUCAGGUCUCACUUUUACACACCCCCAAGCACAUCUUUUGUAUAUCUGGAGUUUAACAAUGAGUAAGGGUACCAAUACUUUUGACCUUUUAUAUUCAUUAUUAAUGAAAUUUCCCACAACUCUGUUUUAUAUUCUUUCAAAGAAUAUGCUUAGUGCUGCACUAUAUGAA